AAGUCUGUUUCUGCUUUCUUCUCUCCCGCCCAGCCUGUUUCUCUGAGCGUAUGAAUAAUGCACAUCUCAUUGUUGCUUAGAUCCGUUCAACUCAUGCCUGUGUAACACAUUCACAGUCAAACGCAUUUACACUACAGUCAGACAGACAGCCGGUGACACCGGCCAAACAAAAUCAACCGCAGCCUCCAUCUGAAGCCAUCAGAUUCUCUUCAUGAUUAGACGAUCAGGAGAGGCCAAUUCAGGUUUUAUUUGUCUGUACCCUGACACAUGGAGCUCGGUCCCAGUAGAGUCGGGUAACGCUGCAGAACAUCGCUGACAGGGCAGAAGUCACAGCCGUCGUGUCCUCCAUGGCUUUGUUAUGGCUGUAGCCAUGAUCCCCGUCAAGUGUGAUUCACAGUGAACUAGACAAUUAUGGACAACACACAAGUAGUCAACGUGGAUGGCAACUCCUUGCUAAAGGCCGUCCACCUAAGCAGGCUGCGUCUCACGCGUCUACUACUAGAAGGUGGCGCUUACAUCAACGAGAGUAACGAACAUGGGGAAACGCCCCUCAUGGUCGCCUGCCGAAGUAGACCUGCAGACUUACAAAGCGUUUCAAAGGUUAAGAUGGUUGGAUAUCUGCUUGAAUGUGGGGCUGACCCAAACAUCCAGGACAAGAGCGGGAAGACGGCUCUCAUGCACGCUUGCUUGGAACAAGCUGGAGCAGAGGUAGUGUCCCUGCUCCUGGUUAACGGGGCAGACCCGUGUCUCGAGGACCGUACGGGUUCUUCGGCUCUGAUAUACGCCAUCAACGCCAGUGACAAAGAAACGCUUCAAAUGUUGAUGGAUGCCUGUAAGUCCAGAGGAAAAGAAGUCAUCAUAAUUACCCCUGACAAACUAGCAUGCGGAAGGCAAUAUCUUUCCAUUCCUCAACCUGCCUCAACAGCAGAACAAUGGGAUUCCACCACAGCUCCUUGUGCUUCUCCAUCGGAUAUUUACCUUAGUACGUCGCCACAGGGGACUCUUUCCUCAAGCCGUACAGAGGAUAAGUUCUUCUUCCAGGACGUCCGAAGCACAACAAACUCCCAGCCAACAUCUCCUUCCCAUCAGCCAUCCCUGCUGAACAGUCGAGUAAAUAAACUCCAUCACCUUCAAAGAUUGCAUUCCGAGCCUUGGCUGAAUAUUCCCCAGUCUUUCCUGGUCCAACAACAUACCAAAGGUGUUUCUCCAACUGAGGAACUCUCUGCCAUCAAACCAGAAGAAGAAAUGACUUUCAGAAUGAACAGACUUGAUUUUGGCAAUACGCCACUCUCGCGGCACUGCAGUGUUGAUCACAAAGAGUCCAACUCUUUCAAGGGUCAUGGGAGCUGUACCAACGUUCAAGAGCUCAUACCUGAAGGAGCAUUGAGUCGUAACAUGUCCUUUGAUAGCUUAUCAUCCCUGCACUCUCUUUCCCAUCCCAAUCUUCAUAGCAAAAGCAGUGCAGAAGCUUUUCAAGCAGAAAAAAAUCCACAUUUUUUGCCACAUUUGGCAAGGUCCAGUCUCCGUAACAUCAUUCAGAGGAGGAAACUAGGAAUGGACCAGUACAGCUCCGAUUCCCAGCUUUCUCGAACCCACACCCACUGUCCAGAAGACCAUAAAGGACAUUUAGAAAAGAGAAGAUUUGUUAAAUCUCACUCCCCUUUGUUGGUAGACUCAAGAGAGUCUCUUGAGAGCAUGCACAAGAAAAACCCAAUCACCUAUGAGCGCCGGGGCUCCGGGCCGCUUCUUUUAGAUCCCAUUACCCAUCCUCGUGUUGGCUUCCUCCCUCCGUUGAACCAGCACACCCCCAUCCCAAACAUCGCAGGAACCAGCAACAAAGCGGCUUGUGGUGUAGGGGCAGGUCCGAAGCCCAGUUUUUCAUCCGUUCCUGCAGGCUUUCCCAAGGAUCUCAAGACCCACAGGCUGCUGAUGAGGAGACACUCGAUGCAAACUGAGCAGCUCAAAGGACUUGGUGAAAUCUUUGGUCAUUAAAUGUUUGCAACUAUUACAAACCAUAUGACUGUAACUAAUUCACACAAAUGCAGACAAUUCAUUGCUUGUCGAUGGACAGAUCACAUCUGCAGUAUAAUCCUGCAGCUAAACUUUUGUGAUGUGAAUAAGCUCAAACAUUAUACAUGCAGUUUGACCAAAUCCUCUAGACCAGUGUUUUCCUAAUCCCAGUCCACGAGGAUCCCCUACCAGAAUGUUUUAGAUGUCUCAUUUAACUCAUCAGCUUGUUAGGGAGACGUGUUUACCAUUUUGAAAGGAGGCUGACAAGUUUCUGGGAGGGGGUCCUCAUGGACCAGGAUUGGGAAUCACUGCUCUAGACAAAUAAAAAAAGAAAACUUUUGCGAAAACUUGAAUGAAAAUAGUGGUGGACUUAGUAAUGGUAUAGAAACAUGCAAAUACAACAUACAAAUGCUUUAAGUCACUGUGUUAAGUAAAUACCUUUGCUGUGUGUUGUUUUUGAUGUUCACAACUUCCUAGAAAAAAAUAUUUCCUUUUUACAGAAAACAUCAUCUUCAUGGGUAUAACAACCAACAAGAGCAUUUUAUUGAUCAGUUGGGGUAAUGAAGUAAAAAGUAAAGGCGCCAUAACGGUUCUUUACAGUGAUGCCAUUGAUAAAGAAGUAUAUAUUGUUGGAAAGGUCUUAAGAAUUAUUUUUUUUAUUUUAAAACCUUUUGGCAGUAAUAAUAAUGCAGUGACAGUAAUUUAUUAAUUUGUGACAAGAGUAUGCAGCAAACAUUGACACCUAGUGGCCGAUGUUGGUAAAACCACUAAAAGUAAAACACAAACCUCAUUUUUUGUGUAUAAAAUAUAUACCUUAUGGCAUAGUGACGCACCUUUAUUGUUAAAAGUGUAUGAUGUCACCCAUCUGGACAAUUAAUUUGUCUAAUAACACAAAAAUAAUACAUGUAAAAAGAGACAAUUAAUUUAAAUAUUUAUCAAAAUUUUAUUCUACAUGAGAUACAUAGAAAUGAAUGUUGUUUGAAGAACAUCCUCAGGUCCCACACCAGAUAAUUCAUCAUAUAAAUCUGGUUUCUUGAAUAAAUAGAUAUACAUUAUGCACACUGGUAAUCUUAACAGCUUUUUUGUAAAGCAAAAUAAUCGUUAUGAUUUGAAUCAGUAACAGUGAGAAAAUAAUUUAACCUCCCAAAUAUUUCACCAAGCCCAAACGUAUGGGAGCAGAUGUUAAACGCCUCCAAACUCAUUCCACAGACAUUUCAUCUUUUACAAUUACAAUCAUGAUCUUCUAGAAAAUUUGUAUUUUUACAUAAUUGUAUUUGGUUUGUGACAGAAUCAUUCA